GUCCAUAUGCCCGGAGUGGGUGGCUACAUUGUGUCUAUUGUAUGGGUUGAUUUUUGUUUUGUUUUGUUUUGUUUUGUUUUGGGGGGGGCUGGCAUUUUGUACAUCACGGGAGGCUUAAAUUGGAGUGAAAAGCAUGGCUGAUGAGCAAGAAAUCAUGUGCAAACUGGAAAGCAUCAAAGAGAUCAGGAAUAAGACUUUGCAGAUGGAAAAGAUCAAGGCACGCCUGAAGGCAGAGUUCGAAGCCCUGGAAUCGGAGGAGAGGCACUUGAAGGAAUACAAGCAGGAGAUGGACCUUCUGCUGCAGGAAAAGAUGGCCCAUGUGGAGGAGCUGCGGCUGAUCCAUGCUGACAUAAAUGUGAUGGAGAACACCAUCAAGCAGUCUGAGAAUGACCUCAACAAGCUCUUGGAGUCCACUCGGCGCCUGCAUGAAGAGUACAAGCCCCUUAAGGAGCACGUAGAUGCCCUACGGAUGACUCUGGGCUUGCAGAGGCUGCCAGAUCUGUGUGAGGAGGAAGAGAAACUCUCUCUUGAUUACUUUGAAAAGCAGAAAGCUGAAUGGCAGACAGAACCACAGGAACCUCCCAUUCCAGAAUCUCUGGCUGCAGCUGCAGCUGCUGCCCAGCAGCUACAAGUGGCUAGGAAACAGGACACCAGACAGACAGCAACUUUCAGACAACAGCCACCUCCAAUGAAGGCCUGUUUAUCAUGUCACCAGCAAAUUCAUCGGAACGCACCAAUAUGUCCACUCUGCAAAGCAAAGAGCCGGUCUCGGAAUCCCAAAAAACCCAAGAGGAAACAGGAUGAGUGAAACACAGAAAAUCCAUGGAAAAAAACAUGUGACCCAUCCUAAUCCCUUUCCAGUAGAACUGUAAACGUGGCCAGUUUAUUGAAGUGCAGACUUAAGUAUGACUUACCCAUUGU